AUGAAGAUCACCACCUCCAUAUCCAAGACCAUGGUCCUUGAACGGAAGAAGGUGUUCUGUCGUGAGACCCUGCCCCAGGUGGAGGAGUUCAUAUAUCUCAUGGAGUUCAUAAAAGAUUACAGAGUUCACUGGUUCAGAGCAGGAUCACAUCAAUCUCACCCCAGUUUCAUUUAUACUCAUGGAGGCAAUGCAGAGUGUGGAAACUCUUCACAGAAAUGUUUCUAUAACUUCUCUAAGAAGGUCAGUGUCUCUGAUGCUGGUACUUAUUACUGUGCUGUGGCUGCAUGUGGAGAGGUCAUGUUUGGAAAUAGAGCAAAACUGGACAAUCAAAAUCGCAACAAGAGGACUUUGAAUCACACAGAAAUAGCUCUUUGUAUUGUCUGUGUUGCUUUGGCUGCAAGUGUGACUGUUUCAAUUUACCUCAUUUGGACCAUCAAGAAGAGGAAUUGGAACUAUGGACCCCGAUCUUCCAUCUCUGGCAUCAUUCAAGCUCCUCCGUCUGCUGCGGUCCAUCCAGGAGAGUCGGUGUCUCUGCAGUGUUCGGUCCUCUCUGACUCUGAGGAGAAAACAUGUUCAGAAGAUUACAGAGUUCACUGGUUCAGAGCAGGAUCACAUCAAUCUCACCCCAGUUUCAUUUAUACUCAUGAAGGCGAUGCAGAGUGUGGAAACUCUUCACAGAAAUGUUUCUAUAACUUCUCUAAGAAUGUCAGUGUCUCUGAUGCUGGUACUUAUUACUGUGCUGUGGCUGCAUGUGGAGAGGUCAUGUUUGGAAAUGGAGCAAAAGUAGACAUUAAAGGUUGGAAUCAGACAGAAAUAGCUCUUUGUAUUGUCUGUGUUGCUUUGGCUGUGAGUGUGGCUGUUACAGUCUAUCUCAUUGUGACCAACAAGAAGAAGGACUGCAACUGUGGCGCUGCACCGGACAGCAGUGAUCGUCAGGGCCGUGGGACACUGGAGCCAAUCCCAGCUCACCGUGGGCGAGGGCGGAACACACCAUUGGCAGGUCACUAG